GUCCAAGAGCACUCGUUUCCGAUGGAGCCAACCAGUUGGCUUUGAACCAGCACAUACAUGGGCCAUUCGCUAUGUUUACAUUGGAGAUGAAUGCAUGGACUUGUGUUCAGGUCAUGGUAGAUGUGAUGUCGGUAUAUGCGUAUGUGAUGACGCCUGGGCUGGGGAUACAUGUAACAUUCCGUUAAAGCCAUUACCAAAACAACUGAGGGAUAAAUUUGAAAAGCCUCCUGAUAAAGCUUGGAUAACUGUGAAUGGUGGGUUGAUUUCCGACAUCUGUGAACCGCUACCGUCUGGUAAAGCUUUACAUUUCUAUGGGGCAUGUACUCGACAGCUGAUUACAACUGAUCUAGAUCUCUCUGAAGUGAAACUCUUACAGUUUUAUUUCAAAUAUGGAUGUAUGAGUGUACCUAGCAACCGUAACCAAGGUGUCUUUGUUGAAUACUCUGUGAAUGGUGGUAUCUCGUGGCAACCACUGACUGAACUGUUCUAUGAUCAGUUUACUCAGCCAAG